CAUCACAUCACAUCACAUUUCCUCUCAUAAUUAUAUAAAUCAGACCCUUCAAUUUCUUCAAAUUUCAAUUAUUUCCCCACAUAAUUUUUCUCUCUUCCCCUCCGAUCAAACUCCUUAUCUUUCUUCCUCAAAUUUUGUAUCUAGUUGUCCUAAAAUUUAUACAUUAUCUAAUUUCUUGAUAAUUAUUCGAGAUGAAGAUCGAGGAAGUGGAUGACGUGGAGCAUGAUCAAGAUCAAAACGACACCGCCGUUGACUCUAAGCAGAUGGUGAACGGGGUAGAUGCCAAGAGAGCUCUAGUCGGAGCGGGUGCUCGGAUCCUGUUUUACCCGACCCUUUUUUAUAAUGUAUUUCGAAACAAAAUUCAGUCUGAGUUCCGAUGGUGGGACGAAAUUGAUCAGUUUUUACUACUUGGGGCGGUUCCUUUCCCUAAAGAUGUUCUAAGGUUAAAGCAGCUUGGAGUUGGCGGUGUAAUCACUCUCAAUGAGCCUUAUGAAACCCUAGUUCCUUCUUCACUUUAUAGAGCCCAUGGGAUUGACCAUCUUGUAAUUCCCACCAGAGAUUAUCUUUUCGCUCCUUCGAUUUUGGAUAUAGGCCGAGCUGUUGAUUUUAUCCAUAAGAAUGCAUCGUCUGCUAGAAUUACUUAUGUUCAUUGUAAAGCCGGGAGGGGGAGGAGUACGACUGUCGUGCUCUGUUAUUUGGUAGAGUUUAAGCACAUGACACCAAUGGCUGCUCUCGAAUAUGUCCGGUCUAGAAGACCUCGAGUGUUGCUUGCUCCAUCACAAUGGAAGGCUGUUCAAGAAUACAGCAGGCGUCGUCGACCAUCUAGUCCUACCGCACAUUCUCCCUCUCGGGAUGCAGUUCUGGUAACAAAAGCAGACCUUGAAGGUUAUCAUAGUGCAUCCGACAAUGAUGCUAUCAGUAAGGAACUGGCAAUUGUCCCGCGAAUUAAGGCCAGGCCCAUGAUAGCUAGACUUUCGUGUCUCUUUGCUUCCUUGAAAGUUUCUGGUGUUUGUGGACCUGUUACUGGCCGGAUGCCUGAGGCACGUGCUUGCUGAACCUUCGAAUCAUACUGUGAAUUGGAACUAUGAUGUUGUGCCUUGCAGAAAAGCAAAACGCGGUUAUAAGUUUUAUGGCAACCCUCUGUUUAUGGAGAAAGCAGAACAUAGUGGAGAGGUGGAAGAGUCGUUCAAUAUCGACAUAUCAUUAUUAUACCAGCGGCUGACAAACAAUUUGGACCGGCUUGUACAUAAUAUCAUACAAUGUCUCUUUUGUUUUUAAGCAAUAUUUUCAUAGUAAUUUUAUGAAUAAUGAAAUCCUUGUAAUCUGUAAUUAGAAAUAUGAUGACUGUUUUGAAAUAAUUUUGAAAAUAGCUAGCUGCAGGGAAACUCACAUUACCUGCGCUUAAACCUCAA